AUGUCGAGUGGGUUCGUUACGUCUGAUGAAUUGGAAGAACAGCGGCGGAAGCGACAAGAAGAAUGGGAAAGGGUGCGAAAACCUGACGAUCCUAUAGAAGCCCCGGAACCUGAAGUUUGUAACAAAUCUUUAUACGAACAACUCAGGGAUAAUAGGGAGGCCAAACAAGCUGAAAUUGACGAAGCUAAAAAGUUCAAAAAUAUGCUACGAGGUAUAGAUGAAGAUGAAAGCGAUUUCUUGGCUCGAGUCAAUGAAAUUAAGUCGGAAGAGUUACGGAAAGCGAAAAAAGAAGAAGAGGAAGCCAUCAGAGAAGCCGCUCUUGCUAGGAGUAAACAAAACCUCAUUGAACCACCAACGAUAUCUCAACUAAAAGUAUUACCUAAGGAUGAUAAGCCUCAAAAGUCCAAACAAGCAGCUAUAUUGUCUUCUGCUAUUAAACGGAAGUCAGCGAAUGACAAUGGUGAAAAUUCUGCUGAAAAAGUUAAACGUACCGAAGAUGUUGCGAACAGCACUCAACCACCUCAACCUGCAAUGUCAGCAAUGAGGGUUGUCGGGUCUAUACCGGGUAUUGGCAGUUACGACGCUUCCAGGUAA